AAUUGCACCAAAAUUGAUACAAUGUUCAAUAUACGUUUUUGUAUCGUAUUAAUAAUUAUAAUUAUUUUUUCAUUUCUUGAUAAAAUUGAAAAUGUUCUUUACACUAUCGAGAAUACAAGAGAAAUAUUUAAGCUUUUCAAGGAUAAGUAUAAUAAAGCAUAUAAAAAUGAAAAUGAAGAAAAUAAGCAUUACAAAGCAUUCGUUGAUAAUUUAAAUAAGGUAGAAGCAUUAAAUGAGAAAACAUUGGACAAACACACAUUUUUUAUAAUAAAUCAAUAUGCUGACUUAAACCCUACAGAAAUUGAUGAACGAUUUGCAAUUAAAAUUAUGCCAUAUUAUGAAGUGUCUGAUACAAAAAAUGCAGAAUAUGCUGGAAGACAAAGAAACAUGGAAAUUAAUUCAACUGAACUUUUUGACUUAGAUAAAGCUCCCCAGCUCUAUCAAAAUUUUAUGAAAAAGUAUAACAAGAAGAACGCUACAAAGAAAUUGGACAGACGUAUUCACUAUCUGAGGUUCGUGAAGACACUUGUCGAAAUAAAUAAAAACCAUUUUCAGGGUUCCAAAUCCAAAGAAUUAGACGCAAAUGCUGAUAUAGUCCAAAGUCCAUUUGAAUAUUUCUACUAAAAUUUUAUCAACCUAGCCACGCCUUACUGUGAUUUAUCAAUAUAAUAAUAUAUAAUUAAUAA